AUGGAAGAGACAGUAUUUCAGCUCGGCGGCCUUGAUCUGACCGCUGCUGGCUCAGAUGUGACAAUCUGGGACUUGCAGUUGUGGUCCGUUUUCCAGAUCCGCUUCCACAAGACACAAAGCAAGGGCGAAGAUAUCCUUGCGUCGCUCGGUUUCCUGGGCGAGAGCUUCAACCUAGGUACACAACGUCACAAACGACUGUGUGGCGCAGUUGCUUGCCCUAGUGAGGGUUUCACAUAUGAAGGAGGCGGAGUGGACUACUUGCGACAGAAUGCGAUUUGCAUGCCCGGUCAUGGCAAGUGGAAAUGA